AUGGAUUCCUCAAAAAUAGCACCCGAAAACUUCCAACAGCCCGAUGAGUUCUACAAAGGCCUGGGGUUCAAACCCGGGAGGGGGAGACAAUCGAAAGAGUUGAUGGAUCGCCGGUGUCACCUAGACAAAAUGGGUCAAGACUUUCAACACCACGAGCUCUGUUGGUCUUGCGGGUGGAGUACUAAUGACCAACUUGGAUCCACCUAUGGAUCUCGUGUCAGGAUUCUGAUGUCGCGCCAUAAUCGCGGCUUGUGGGCCCUAGGCUCGCAAUUGCUGCUAAAGGACAUCCCAAAUGAUGGCCACGGACCUGGUAACGAUUACAUAACAUAUCGGUGGUUGCGAAGUCAGUCAGGUCUUGAUAUCCCACUCCUUGAUAGAAUGGAGGUUCUUAGCAAACCUACAGACAAAACUUAUCUGUUGCUGAUGAGCCGCGCGGAGGGCGAACCGCUCACCAAUUUAUGGCACAAACUAUUACCGGAACAGAAAGAGAGUCUCCGAGGUCAGCUUUUUCUCAUUCUCAAACAGUUACGAAUUUUCACGGCUCUAGGGGCUCAAGAUGUCGAAGGUGGAAAGCUUGACGAUUUGUUGAUUGGGGAUUGCCCUGUCCCUAGACCAAGGUAUAAAAAGAUCGGAUUUACAGCCGACAAAUGGUUUGAAAGUCUUAAAUCAGAACUACAAGUUGGACUCGCGAAAAAGCAUAAGACCAAAGAUAUGACUAUCAUCGAGGCAGAGUACCAGAAACUCAAGGGUCGUUUUCCGAACCCGGAACCGUAUGUCUUAACCCACGGCGACCUUGAUUUUAGUAAUAUCAUAGUCAAAGAUAAUCAGAUCACAGCAAUCAUUGACUGGGAACACGCCGGUUACUACCCCUGGUGGGCAGAGCACUAUCUCUGCGGUGACGUUGCUUUUGGCCAAAGUUCAAGCUUGCUGUUUCCCGUUCUCUACCGUCUGGAUCCUGGUAUGGAGGCACGCAUCAAGGACGUCUACAAUAAAGUAUUAGAGGUCAGAGGACUUUGGGAGAGUUGUAAGAGAGAGCAUCCACACUACCACGACCGCUGGUAUCGUCCACCCUUUUCAGCUUGCGAACCUUACGCAGGACACUUUCUUAGGGGCGUAGCAGGUGGAAUUCAGGAGAGGGAGCACACGAUACAGGACCUCAAUUUACUCAAUUUCGAGUGA